CGUACCGGCCCUUCCUGACGGAAACGUGUUUGGCAGACGGAGGAGGGGCGACGUCACCAGGGCGCAUUUUGUGGUGCUAGCUCUUUUCCUCAACUGCCAGCCUGCCCCAGCAAGUUUUCGUGUAACUAUCUUAGUGUCUUUGAAGUAGGGAGUCCGUUGUCGUGGCCGGUUGUCUUUUUAGGGGCCCGUUUUUUGGUUGAAAGCCCGCUGUUUGCAAGGCCGUCUUUCGAAGAUGGCCCCCUUUUAUGUGCCUACGUCAUUGGAUGAGCGGGUGCUCCGGCCAGAGACUCUGAGCCCCAACAUUAUCAAGGCAGAGUAUGGAGUGCGUGGAGAGAUUUACCUUGAGGCACAGAAGAUGGUGAAUGCAGGGAAGGAGGUAGUCUUCAUGAAUGUGGGCAACCCCCAUGCACUUGGGCAGAAAGCGCUCACAUUUCCUCGACAGGUCAUGGCGCUCUGCCAGGCCCCCUUCCUCCUUGAUGACCCCAACGUGGGGAAGCUCUUUCCCCGCGAUGCGAUUGCGCGCGCGAGGCAGCUGCUGAAAAUGACGGGAAUUGGCGGGGUUGGGGCGUACAGCGACUCCCGAGGGGUGCCGGGUGUUCGGCAGGAAGUCGCGAGGUUCAUCGAACACCGUGACGGGUUUCCCAGUGAUCCGGAGCACAUUUACCUGACCGACGGGGCGAGUCCUGCUGUCAAGCUUGCGUUGCAGUUGCUCAUCAGGGGAGAGCAUGACGGGAUCCUUGUGCCUAUCCCGCAAUACCCGCUAUAUUCCGCAACAGUACAAAUGCUGGGGGGCUCGUUAGUCCCGUACCUGCUAGACGAGAAGAAGGGCUGGGGAAUGAACAUAGACCUGUUGAAGGAGUCCGUGUUGUCAGCUAGACGGAAGGGGAUUAUGGUUCGUGGGUUAGUGGUUAUUAACCCGGGGAACCCUACCGGGCAGUGUUUGGAGAGGGGCGAUCUGGAAGACAUUAUUAAGUUCUGCAUCAAGGAGCGGGUAGCGCUCUUGGCCGACGAGGUCUACCAAGUCAACGUAUACCAGUCGAAGCACCCGUUCGUCAGCUUCAAGAAGGUAUUGUGUGAGAUGGGCGCACCGUACAGCCGGAGCCUGGAGCUCUUUUCGUUCCACACGGUGUCCAAGGGGUUCACCGGCGAGUGCGGGCAGCGCGGGGGCUACGUCGAGUUCACCAACAUUCACCCGGAGGUCCUGGAGCAGUGCUACAAGAUCGUGUCCGUGUCGCUAAGCCCCAACGUCACGGGGCAGCUCAUGGUCGGUAUGAUGUGCAACCCCCCGCAGCCGGGCGACCCGUCGUACAAACAGUACGCGGCCGAGAGCAAGGAAGUGUUGGAGAGUCUAGGUCGGAAGGCGCGCGCGCUGAGCGAGGGGUUCAACAAGUUCAAGAACAUGCAAUGUAACGAAGUCGAAGGUGCGCUGUACGCGUUUGCCAAGCUACAGCUCCCGCCGGGCGCGAUUGCGGCCGCCAAGAAGGCCGGGAAGGCGCCCGACGCGUUUUACUGCCUCGAGUUGUUGAAGGCAACCGGGAUGAGCGCGACGCCCGGGUCAGGGUUUGGCCAAGAAGACGGUACUUUCCAUUUCCGGACGACCAUUCUGCCCGAGGAGGACAUCGUCCCCGGACUCUUGAAAAAGGUAGAGCGGUUCAACGACGAAUUCAUGACCAAGUACAGCACAAUGCAGAGCAGAAUGUAGAAUACUGCUGUGACCGGUUGGGGACCGAUAACCUGUUGCAUUGCGUUGGUCCCUUAGCUAUAGGCCGGCUGAUUCAUCCAAGUGUACACUGUGUUAGGGCUGCGGCCGUUCUUUGUAGGAUAAAGCGUUGCUACUGGCAGUUCGCCCGAUUGGGGGCUCAGAUUAGGUUCGCGUUUCGCUCUGAUGGUUCCGUAUUGCGUGACGGAUAGAUUGAACAGCUGCACGUAAUCGGCUGGUAGAUUUUCGGGCUGGAUCCGUUGCACCUGCCGACCUGAACAGGAGCUAUUUAACCAAUUAUUUAGAAGGUUGCCACAUGCGUAGUCUUAGUAUUUGCAAACGGAUCAUGGAAUCAAUCGGCUGCCAU